UGAAACCGAUCGCGUGCGUGUGAUCCUCCGGUGGCUGCAGCUCAGGGCGCCGGGUCCCGUUACGCGCACGCUUCCCCCCUGUUUGAGUCCAUUGUGUGGCAACAUGGGGAGAGAGAGCUGGAGGAUGCGCACUAGCUCCCGACGCGCAACCACAUUGUUCUAGAGCGCUCCACGAUCAGGGCCAUCUUUGGUCGUCCUCGCCGGUGACAGUGUGGACACUUUACUCCCUCGGCUCUUCACCGCCGUGCGAUCCAACGAGCAGCACUGACCUCGGAAGGAGCCGUUUGAAGACGCUCGGCCGUGCGGAGACAGAAGAGCCAGAUCCCCGGUCGGUGGACUCAGUGGCAUCGCCUCCUUCGACACCCUUCAUUUCUGCAGGCGUAAAGAGGGCGAGACGGGAGAGGCGCUGCUGAGACAACAUGGAUGAGGAAUAUGAUGUGAUCGUUCUGGGCACCGGGCUCACGGAAUGUAUUCUGUCUGGGAUCAUGUCUGUGAACGGGAAGAAGGUUCUGCACAUGGACAGGAACCCGUACUACGGUGGGGAGAGCUCUUCCAUCACCCCCCUGGAGGAGGUGUACAAGCGCUUCAGUCUCCCGGAGAGCCCGCCGGAGUCCAUGGGCCGAGGAAGAGACUGGAACGUGGACCUCAUCCCCAAGUUCCUCAUGGCCAAUGGUCAGCUUGUGAAGAUGUUGCUUUACACAGAAGUGACACGGUACCUCGACUUCAAAGUCGUGGAGGGAAGCUUCGUCUACAAAGGAGGGAAGAUCUACAAGGUGCCGUCCACUGAGACCGAGGCGCUAGCUUCAAACCUGAUGGGGAUGUUCGAGAAGCGACGGUUCCGUAAGUUCUUGGUCUUUGUGGCCAAUUUCGACGAGAACGACCCCAAGACCUUUGAGGGCGUUGACCCCAAAACCACCACGAUGAAGGACGUUUACAAGAAGUUUGACCUCGGCCAGGACGUCAUCGACUUCACCGGCCACGCCCUGGCCCUCUACAGGACAGAUGAUUAUCUCGAGGUUCCGUGUCUGGAGACGAUCAAUCGUAUCAAGCUGUACAGUGAGUCACUGGCACGAUAUGGGAAGAGCCCCUACCUCUACCCCCUGUACGGGCUGGGAGAGCUGCCGCAGGGAUUCGCCAGGUUGAGUGCGAUCUAUGGAGGAACCUACAUGCUGAACAAACCAGUGGAUGAGAUCGUGAUGGAAGACGGACACGUGGUUGGAGUGAAGUCCGAGGGCGAGGUGGCUCGUUGUAAGCAGCUGAUCUGUGACCCCAGCUACAUCCCGGACCGCGUCCGUAAGGCAGGUCAGGUGAUCCGCGUGAUCUGCGUCCUCAGCCAUCCCAUCAAAACCACCAAUGACGCCAACUCCUGCCAGAUCAUCAUCCCCCAGAAUCAGGUCAACCGCAACUCAGACAUCUACGUGUGCAUGAUCUCCUAUGCUCACAACGUGGCCGCCCAGGGCAAGUACAUCGCCAUCGUCAGCACCACAGUGGAAACCAGUGACCCCGAGGCGGAGAUCGAACCGGCCCUGGAGCUGCUGGAGCCCAUCGACCAAAAGUCAGUCCCACUUCUUUCCCAACAUUCAGCUUCUCAUUUAGGAUUUAACAAACGAAACACGAUGAAGCUGUUUGAAAGCUGUGUGUGUUUAAAGGAGAUGUUUUCUCUGGACAGGUUUGUGGCGAUCAGUGACCUCUAUGAGCCCACGGACGAUGGCACUGAGAGUCAGGUCUUCGCCUCGAGGACCUACGACGCCACCACCCACUUCGAGACGACCUGCAACGACAUCAAGGACAUCUACAAGCGCAUGACCGGCAGCGACUUUGACUUUGAGAACAUGAAACGCAAACAGAACGACGUGUUCGGGGAGGAUGAGCAGUGAGCGGGUAGAGGGGCUCCCGAGAGGAGGCGGGGCCUGGGGAGGGGAGACGGGGGGGCGAAACAGGCGGCGGAAGGGGUGUGUCUAAAUCCUGGGUGACCGGGGGGGAGGUAAAAUGUGGGAAGAGGGCGUGUCCCUGGGCUCCGCCUGCACUUCGCCGUCUGCCUCCUCUUCCUGACGUCCCUCUCUCUCUCUCUCUCGACACAAACACAUAAAUGCUCACGUACACACACACACACACACACACACACACAAGUUGUUCAAAUACUCACACUCUGUAUCUCCGUCACUGAAAAGCAGGGUUGAUAAGGUCUUUCAUUCCAUCGUAGCAUUUACAGUAUACUCAUGUCUUAACUAUUAUCAUUAGAGGUGGAUUUAUUACUCGUUGUCGGCCAUUUUCAAAGCGCUCGCCGCGGCGGAGGAGGAGGAGGGGGCGUGUCCGAACGGCGAGUGCUGACACGACGGGGGCGGGGCGAUGGCUUAGCGUAGAAUCCUCUGGGAGGGGGGAGGGGGGGGGGAGGGGGGGGUCACCUCCAGUGGACGUGCAUGCAUCUUUUACACACGGUAGUAUUGUACAUAGACCCGGACGACACUGCGGUUUGAAGGCUGGACCAUUCCACGCAUCGCUCCUGUCAACCCUGCUUCCACUUCUCUCUCUCUCUCUCGGUCUGUUACCUGUGUUCCUUCAGUAGACGCCCCCCCCCCCCCCCCCCCCAGGUCACAUCUGUCCAUCGGGCAAAGAAAAACAAAAAACAAGACAAAAAAAAAAUCGUGAUGAAGAGUUAAAUAUAAAUGGGCUGUUGUGUCACAUGAUAGUUCUCUCACUCUGCAAUGCUGUUGUGUUUCCCUGUGCUCGCAGGCAAGCUAACCGGUUGGCUACUAACUUUCCACACCCCCCCCCCCCCCCCGGAAAAAAAAACACACAAAAAAAAACAACCUGUUCCUUUUGCUUCUCUGUGUUGUGUAAUGUCAACUUUUUUGAAUUUGAAUAGUUUACAUUCUAACACCUUAAAUUAUUGAAGAGUUUGUUUUAUUUCUAUAUAUUUGGUGCACGUUUCACUGGCUGAAGUUAUGAAGUUUACAGAGCUGAGGUUGGACGAGGAGGAUUUAGGAUCUGGAACGAGUGGUUAUGAUGAAUUGUUGAGAUGCGGAGAAGAGGAAGAAGAAGAAGAAGAAGAAUGUGUGUGGAGGAUGUUUCCGAUUGGACGAGGGCGAAGACUGAAAUUUCAGCUCAUACUUGUAGUGAAAGCACCAGAUUGUGUCUUGGUUGUUUCAACCCUUAUGUGUGUCAUUGAGUCGAGUCGUUCCCCCGACAGAAAAGUGUUGUUGUGAAUUCGAGGGAAAAGAUUGAAUCUCCCUAAAAUCUUUAAAAGACAUUAUAGGAAAAGGUUUGAAGCCUCAGUUAACAAGCUCCGACCUUUUCCUGUAAAAACAACACAGCAUCGGUUCCAUCCCAGUUCAUCCAGCACCCCCGACCCCUCAGCAUCCCCACACCCAGCUGACGUGUUCCCGGGUUAUCGACGUGUCUUAUUGUUAUGAUCUAUUUAUUUAAACGUCACUGAUAUAUAUAUCUCUCGAGAGGUUUCUUGUCGAAUGCACGUGCUCCGCUGUUAAAAUGCAUUUUUCAAAGUGACGCACACCGACAUCACCUGUCCCCCCCCCCCCCCCCCCCUGUUUUGUUAUUUGCUGUGUUUUCACGUGUUAUGUUUACCUUUGAUUAUUGAUCAUUCCAGCGUGGCAUCAUCAUUUACUGUGGUUAUUAGCAUUCCUAACAAACAGGUUUGGAUGGAAGGAUAAGCAGCAACAGCCGGAACCUACACAGCUGUGUUCUCACGACAGUUACACAACGUGCGUCACUGAAAUCUGUGUGUUUGCUCCGUUACUGGAUAGAAGCUGGAACACUGUUUACUCUCAGAUAGAUUUUAAGCCCCUCCCCCCUUCCCGGGCCCUUCCACUGUCCUCUCUCUCUGAUUUUUAUUUAUUGAAAACAAACGCCUCAUGUGUGGUUGUACUUGUUUUAAUUUUCCAUCCGAUUCGGCCUCUGAAAACCACUAUUGACAAUAACAUCCCUUGAAAUUGACUAAAAGAAAAGAGUUCAGGCUGAGUAGUAGAAAAACUGACUGUCCUUUGUUUGAUCACUAGUACGUGAAACAAUGCCUAAUGUCUUGUGUAACAAUUAAAAUGAAUUAAACUAUGAAUGAAAUGAUAGAAAAAUAAAAAAAGCACAUGGCAAACCUGGAAA